GCCCGCUCGCCCGCCCGCCCGCGCGCGCGCGCGCUUUACGGCUGCCGAAAACCGGCCCCGCCGGCCGCCGUACCGCAGACCCGCGGCGCCGCUCAGUUUGUAGAUCACCUUCUGAUACAAUGGAAGCUAACCUUCACGAAGAAGGACGGAGUACUGUUAGCUGGAAGAAACAAAGGAUCGGGAGGUAGAAUGAUAGAAGCAGAAGGCACACUGAGUGAUAUAACCCAAACCCAGCAGUACCCAUGGCACAUGUGUUCUCACAGCUGAGGUUUCUAGUCCCAUAUCUUCAUGCUAUGUGCUUUGACUGGUAGGCGCCUGGAUGAAGAGCCCAGGGUCCAGAGUGUCACCCACCUGGAACAGCAAAGACCCUCCCAUCUACUAGGAGCAUUCAAAGCCAUGCUGAAGAGUAACCUAUUGAUUACUCUAUGGUUCUGUUCAAUAGAGCUGGAACUGGGAAGCCGGGGGCUGGGAGGCGGUGACUGGAGUUAUCAAGUGUGCUUUGUUACCUUGAUCAGGUAAAAAGAUGGCUUAUCAGAAGGUCAAUGCAGAUUUAAGAGCCUCAGGACACUCACAGUACUUAGACAAUGAUGACAUCCAAGCCACUGCCCUUGAUUUAGAGUGGGAUAUGGAGAAGGAGCUGGAAGAGCCUGGCUUUGACCAGUUCCAACCAGAUAAUGCUGAGACUCAGAACUUGGGCCACUCAGAAACUUUAGACCUCCAUCUUGAUUCUAUUCAACCAGCAAGUUCACCCAAAGGAAGGUUCCAGAGACUUCAAGAAGAGUCUGACUACGUUACCCACUACACAAGGUCUGCACCAAAGAGCAGCCGCUGCAACUUUUGCUGCCUUUUAAAAAUAAUUUGCAUAGGCACCAUUCUAUUUAGUUUUGGAAUUCUAAUAGGUUAUUAUGCACACAUGAAUUGCCCUUCUGAUGCCACACCAUCACGAACAAAUGACCCUCAGUUAUACCAGGAUAUUCUCAAGACGAUCGAAGCAGAAGAUAUUAAGAAAUCUUUCAGAACUUGGGUACAACUCUAUAAAAGUGAAGAUGACCUGGAGAUUUCAAAGAAGAUUAAGACUCACUGGACUGCAUUGGGCUUAGAAGAUACACAGUUGAUGAACUACUCAGUGUUGCUGGAUUUCCCUGGGUCCUCUCCAGGCACCAUCACUGUGAGCAGCACUGGCCAGUGCUUUUAUCCUGAUGGCCAACCUUGCAGGGAAGAAGACAGAAGAGGCCAUAGCCAAGAUCUGCUUUCCUCAUAUGCAGCCUAUUCUGCCAAAGGAACUCUCCAGGCUGACAUCAUCGACGUGAGUUAUGGAACUGCAGAUGAUUUAAAAAGGAUCACAAAAUUUAAAAAUACAACAAAUCAAAUUGCACUCCUGAAAUUAGGAAAAUUACCACUGCUGUAUAAGAUUUCCUUAUUGGAAAAGGCUGGCUUUGGAGGUGCUCUUCUCUACACUGAUCCUUGUGAUAUACCAAAGUCUGGAGAUCUUAGCUCUGAGACAUUUAUGGUGACACUGAAUCCAGGAGGAGACCCUUCCACACCUGGGUACCCCAGUCUUGAUGGAAGCUUUAGACAGAACCGACCAAACCUCACCUCUCUGUUAGUUCAGCCCAUCUCGGUAUCCUUCGCUAAAAAACUCAUUCCUUUGCCAAAACUGAGGCUGGAUGAUGAUGCCUGUCGUCCUCUAGAACUUCCACAUAAUGAAAAAAGAACUGUCCGUUUGCAAGUUCAUACAGUCACAAAAUUUAAAACAGUGACUAAUGUUGUUGGAUAUCUAAAAGGCUUGACAUCACCAGACCGGUAUAUUAUAGUUGGCAGUAACCACCAUGUUGGAUACAGUUACAAUGGACACGAAUGGGCCAGCAGUACUGCAAUAAUCACUGCGUUCAUCCAAGCCUUGAUGUUACGAGUGAAGAAAGGAUGGAGACCAGAACGCACUAUUGUUUUCUGUUCAUGGGGAGGAACGACUUGGGGCAAUAUUGGCUCCUAUGAAUGGGGAGAGGAUUUCGCGAAGGUUCUACAAAAGAAUGCCGUGGCUUACGUUAGCCUCCAUAGUCCCGUCCACGGCAACACCAGUCUACAUCCAGUAGCAUCUCCGUCUCUCCAGCAACUGGUUCUAGAGAAGAAUAAAUUCAACUGUACUAGGAGAACUCAGUGCCCAGGAACCAAUGUCAGCUCUGUACAGAUACAAGGUGAUGCUGAUUAUUUCAUCAACCAUCUUGGAGUUCCAACUGUGCAGUUUGCUUAUGAGGACAUCAAAGCAUUAGAGAGUCCAAGUUUUCUCUCUGAAGCCAUUUUUCCUAAACAUGCAACAAAAAUUGAAGAAGUCGAUCCAUCUUUCAAGCUCCAUGAAGUCAUUACUAAGCUCUCAGGAGAAGUAAUUCUACAAAUUGCCAGUGAACCUGUUCUGCCCUUCAAUGCCCUUGAUAUAGCCUUAGGAGUUCAAAACAGCCUUAAAGGUGAUGAGCCCAGUGUCCCUCACCUGCUUGACAUGGCAGCACACCUGAGGGAAAGUGCUGAACUCUUCCAGUCAGAUGAGAUGCGUCCUGCUAAUGACCCACAGGAGAGAGCUCCCAGCCGUGUCCGAAUGCUGAAUGACAUCCUUCAAGACCUGGAGAAGAACUUCCUGGUUGAGCAAGUGCCACCAGGUUUUUAUAGAAACAUCCUGUACCAUCUUGAUGGGAAGACAAGCCAGUUUUCCAUCCUCAAGGAAGCUUGGGAGCAGUGCAGUCCACUGGCAUCAAAUGAGACCUUUCAAGAGGCCGUAUCAGAUGUGCUGAAUAGCAUUAAUUCAGCUCAGGUUUCCUUCAAAGCAGGAUUGGAUGUGUUUGAGAGUGUCUUGGUUGAAAAGAACUGAGAAAAUACUCAGCAUUUUAAAGUUUGUUUACAAGUAUACAAACUAAAGCUCUAAUUUGGCCAGAUAUUGUGUGUGUGUGUGUGUGUGUGUGUGUGUGUGUGUGUGGGUGUGUGUGUGUGUCAUCGAAGACUUUCCCCCAAGUUUAAAGCUAUUAUAUGGCAUAUUUUUAAAUGUACAUAAGAAAGAACAUUUUGCACAUUUUAAAUAUUUUCUUAUAUCCCAAUUGAAAUAAUACCUAAGAUUUAUCUAUUAAAGAGAAAUAUGCUGUAUUUUCAUAAAUAAAAAUCUUGGGAGGGGGUUAAGAUGUUCUUGGCAACAUCAUUGCUGUGGGCAGAAUGUGGAGGAAUGCCAGAAUUCUCUCUGAUAAAAUCUCGAGUGACUGAGUUCCUAUGUUAGACAUGAAAACCUGAUAAUGUUUCAGACAACUUUUCAAGUAACUCUUCAAUAUGAAGAAGUAAUGCAUUUUGAAUGAGUGAUUGAUGCCCAGAACCAUUUUGAAUGUUUCUAUUUUAUGAAAUGAAGUUCCUCUUCUUGACACAACUAGAUGUAGUAACGCACUGGUUAUGAAGUUGUAUUUUAUAAGUACUAAUGAAAAAAGAGCCAUAAACAUUCCAGGGGAAAAACUCCUAAAAAACUGGAUAGAGCAAUUUAAAUGCAAAUUCUUCCUAAGGUGACAAGUUUUGAAAACCUCAAAUUGCCUCAGUUGAUGCUACACGAACCUCAGCAGUGAUGUAAAUUUGACCAGGGAGAGCACAUUCUUUUUUCACUUCUGUUGUUUCCGGUGGAGUGACAGAACAGGGAAUAGGCUAAAGGAGAGCAUCUCAUAUGGCUGCCUCCCCCUUAUAUCUUUCCCACAACCCCUUGCUAUAAAGUGGUUUUAACAGAGCACUAUAUAACUACAAUGGGAAAAUGGCACAAUUUGUCUUUGAAAAUCCAAAAUAUCAUCCAAUAUAUCUAAAUGUUGUUUUAUAUUACUGGCAAAACAAACCUACUCUAAAAUAGAUGUUUAGUCUUAUCAACAAAUGCUCUUAAUAUAGGAAGAAAGUUUAACAUUUUCCCAUUUGUUUUCCUUCAUAGUGGCUAAGGGGAAAACAGUAAAUCGGCAUGCCACUAGGCCAUCAAAAUGGAGUGCUUUAGAGCCUUUGUUGGCCACAAUCCUUUCAUGUAGGAGACGGACUUCAUUGUCCUUCAAUAGCACCACAGUCCCUAGUCCCUUCAAACUAAAAAAUUCUUCCUAGCGAUGGACAAGAAAAACUUUUACCCUACUUUUUAAACAUAUUUGUUUAAAAAAUAUUUUUCAGUCGGGCGGUGGUGGCGCACGCCUUUAAUCCCAGCACUCGGGAGGCAGAGCCAGGCAGAUCUCUGUGAGUUUGAGGCCAGCCUGGGCUACCAAGUGAGUCCCAGGAAAGGCGCAAAGCUACACAGAGAAACCCUGUCUCGAAAAACCAAAAAAAAAAAAAAAAUUUUUUUCUUAUGUUGAGUAAUGCAGUUUUCCUUUGAGAAUAGAUUACCAGAAUAUUUCUUAGGGCAUUCCUACCAAUUUCAACCCUGAAACAAUUGGCACUACAUGGCCAGGGGAAUGCUGUGGCUAUCCCUAUGUGUCUAGGAUUUUACUUCUUUUGGAUGAACAUGAAAGUAAGGUUAGUUAAAAAGAAAGCUAGAGUUGAGAGAAAAGAAUUAGUCAUCAUUGACUAAGUUAUAAGGGGUAGCUCUUUCCAACAUUAGUAAUAUUUCUGGGCUCAAAGCACAGAACCGGGCCAAUUAGCUAGAUAAUUCAAGCAGAAACACAUAUUCAUCUGAAGUGCCUAUGUAUAUACAUUUUCAUACGAGAAAUGAAACUACCUUGUAGUAUUUUUGAUGUACUUACUUAAUGUAAUUAUUUGAAUCAUGCUUGUUUGAGAAUGUUUGCCACAUUGCUGACUGUGUGUGGGAAGGCCCCACAAGGGUCAGGGUACUGCUUCUUGCCCAUCGUCUGCAGAGAUGACCAGAAAAAGAGUGACAGAAUGCUCACACUGCCUGAGAGUCAAGUGUAUUCAUCACUGAAUCCAAGGUCAUGUAGCUAUUUGUGUGGAGUUGAAUUUAAAACAAAAAAUGAUAAAAUGCCUUUCAUUUGGUAGAUUAUCAUCUUAGAUCAAAACUCUAAAUUGUUUUAGUACAAUAAUUCAAAAAAAUCAUGGAGAACAGACAGUCUUCUAGAUUUUUUUAAUGACUCUGUGCAUAGGUAAAUCUAAUCACAUAUGAAUCCUAUAUUCCUUCCUUCUAAAUUUAUUGAAUUUGUUCUUUGAGACCUACAGUUAACCCUUUACUGGCAUAUUUUAUUAGAUCAGUUAAGAGAUCAUAUAAAAAGAUUAAAUUACAUUUAAAAUAGAUGUCUAUGAAUUCUACAGAUUCUGCUCCACAUUUUGAUUUUAGCGGAACUCUGAGCUAUGUGUCAUAGUAUCACAGCUAUGACAUGCUUACCUCAAAACUUUUUCAGAUACAUAGCAUGUUAACUUUCCUCAGAACUCCUAAGUGAAUAUAGUACUGAGCAAGGUAAUGAUGGGUGGUAUGAGAACCAGCAGUAUUUUCAAAUUGAUACUGAGACUUCUAGGUAUCAAAUAUUUCUCAAAGUACUUCAUAUAGAAUUGGUCCCAGGAGGUAACAAAUCAUAGACAAUCCAUUGCCAAGAAAAUGUGGACAAUAUGUGCUGUGAAUUUGUGUCCAACCAGGAUAUACAGGGAUAUUGCCCCAGGACUAGAGACAAAAGGGAGCCUCAGUGACAGUCAAGACUAAGGUCGAGGAUACUGCCUUUUAUCAUAAUAUCACCACUCUCCCAAUCUGAUGCAGUAGUACCUGAAGACUGAUGAUGGAGAAACAUGUACAUAGGCAUUCAUUCUGAGAGUGACUAAUGCUGCUUAGAUUUUUCAGCUUCUUGACCUUCUUGCCCAGUGUUCACUGCCUGCUCUCCCAGAAGAAUUAUAAAUGAACUUUCCAGUGAAUUCUUUGUAACCAGCCACCAAGUCAGAUGCUGCUGUGGGCUGGGAACAUGAUUUUAAUGCCAAGAAAACUCACACUUUGAUUGUAUUUGACAAAAUGUUCCCAGGCAAUCUGGCUGAAGAAUAUGAAGUCUGAGGAGUGACUCUAUAUGACACCAGAAGUCAGGAUGGAGGAUCCUGAAUGAAAAGUUAUUAUAGAGACCUGUUAGCUGGGAAAAUCAACAGUCUAAAUCAGUGUUUUUGACAUGUGAAAUCUGAGGAAAGAGCUUUUAGAAUAUCUAUUCUCAGAUUCAAUAUUAUCUAUUUUAAUAAUUUCUAAUCUGUAUCAAUCCUGUAUUCUGAUUUAAAAAAAAAACAGCUCUUGAAAGCCUAUGAAAAUAUAAGAAAGUCACAUUAAUGAGGGAUCCCAAAGAUUUUGAGAAUGCCAUCAUUAAAACUCCAAAAUGAGUGGCUGGAGAGACAGUUCAGCAGAUAGGAGCACUGGCAAUCCAGUCAUAAGGACCUGAACUCAGUUUCUAGCACCUACUGUAGGCAGCUCAUACUCCAGCACUAAGGGAUCCAUUGCCCCCUCAUAACCUGCAGAGGUGUUGUGUACUAUUCACACAUGAACAAAAUAAGCCCUCAACCAAACUGUAAUAAUGUCAAAAAUAACCUGUUUUAUCAGUAAAAAAGAAGCCAUGUGUAUCCAACAUCUAUGCCAGCCAUGGCAGACACUGGUCUAGACAUGGUUUACUUUUGUUUUUCUUUUUCUGGUUGACUGUAUACAGCAACUCAUUUAAGAAGGAAAAAACAAGUUUAAUGAGACAUGUUUAGAAUGUUGUAUUGUCUUUUUCUUCUCAGAGGGACCCUGUAAUGCCAAUGUGGCAUUCCUUACACCAGACACUGCAGGAAACACAGUUCUUUUGAUUUGAAAACAUAAUGUGAUGUAACAUUUUGAUACGAGCUUUCCACAUAUGACCAGCCUUAGUUAGUUCAUCAAUAGCCUUAGCUAGCAGCAACUUCAAAAUAAUUGCAAAGAACCUAAAAAGCACCAUAUGUAUUCCCCAAUGACUGUAGCCCACCUAAAUAAUGGUGUGCCUGUGUAAGUUUGAAGCAUUUAGAAACCUUGAAAACUAAGUACCCAAUUAUACACUAUCAAGACAACUAGACUUCAAGUUAUCAUUCCAAACCAGAAUCCAUUAAUCUCAUAAUAUCCUCCUCCAAAUGUCUGUACAAUUCACUGAGAAAACGAGUGUGUUCAUACAGGACUGUGCCUAUGUAUCAAAUUUCAAAACUACAAUCAACUUCUUAAAUACAUAGCAUGUAGAAGUUUUGUUUGCUGGAAAGAUAAGUAUCACACAAAUAAAAUAUCUGUUAAUAUCUUAUUAGUGAUGAGUCAGCACCUUGCUUCAAAUUAAAAAAAAAUUAGUAUUUGCAGGAUAAAUUGGUAGACUUAGCCAAUAAUGUUCUCCUAAGACACUCUAUACUAUGUGUAAUUAAUUCCUGCAAGAAUUAAGCCUUCUCUGACGAUUACAUUUUGGCAUCUCAUUGGUUUAAUGUAUUACUGAGGUGUGCCUUAGCCACACAUUUGCUUAAUAGAAAGGAAUUACUUUAAACUAUCUAUACAUGUGCUAAGUGGAAGGGAAAUGGUGUUGCAUAUUCUAAUAAAUUCCUUUCCAGCAUGUUUCAAAACAGGACUUAGAAUUCAGUCUGGGCAUGGGAAAACAAGCACAUGGUAUUUGCCUAGCUAUGCUAGCAAAUUCAAAUCUGUUCCAUGAGUUUCAUUUACUUACUUAAAAAUGGCUCAUUAGAGUUUGCUAUUCUGAAAUCUGAAAAAGGGUUGCAGAGUCCAAAGUACCCUAUUGAGUGUGAAUGCCUUUCAGCUGAAGGGACUUGUUUUAUUGAAUUUUGAAUGUGAAGUGACAUAAAUUUGAAGAAUUACAAACUAUAAUGUAGAAUGUUGCUGGUCAUCACCAUGUCUACUCAGAAAUAUGUUGUGUUUUCUUUCUAGAUAAACUCUAGAAAUGAUAUUAGGCAUCCCCUUUCUGAAGUAGUGGUUUUAAGAUUCAUCUAUUCAACAUAAGUGUAUCUGUUAACCACCCAGAGUUUUCAUUCCAUAAUACCUUUCUAUUACCCUCCAAAGAUGUACAGUAAAAGUGCCUUUAGCAUAAAGAGAUUGUCAAGAAUCCUGAAACCUGACUUACUGUGAGGUGACAUGUUUCUUAAAGGCAUUUAUAAUCUCAUAUUCAAACUGGAUCAGGAUUAAAGAGUAAAGGAAUUAAACUGAGGCAGAUUUAGGGCUUCCUGAUGUAAUGUUUCUGGUUAUCUUAUUGUGUGUUUGGACACACAGUUAGUUACAAAGCUUGCAAUAAACAAAGUAGUAAUACUGAGGUUUUUAGCCAAAAUCCACUCAGCAAUGCCAAAGAAACACACGGCUGCUCUGCUUUUUAUUUCCAGGAUUCAGUCAAGAAUUAGACCAUAAGCCACUCAUACACUGCACACACCCAGAGAAAUCUUUAAUGAACAUACACAAAGCCUAACAGUAUUCACUCUUGCUUCUUUGACAGCUUAAGCCAAUUAGCACUGAAGUAGUUUUUCUCAGAGGAUAACGGAUUUUAUUUUCUUGGGUCUAAUUAACAUGCACCACAUAAGUCUUGAGAACGACCACACAGGUGCCUAUGCUGUCAUAUGUCAUAUGCUAUAGUUCUGCAAGCUCAAGAGAUUAAUAUGCAAUUGUUAUGAAUAAUUAUGCUGCAUUAAUGUUGAUAGUGGUCUUUUGUUCUAAUUAAAGUGCAAACUUGGCAUCUGUGUAGAACUUCACUGAAGAAGUUGAGUCAGAGUUCCUAUUUUAAUGGACUACAUAUAUUUUUUCAAUCAAAAUGUAUAAUUAUUUAAUUAUAUCUGCUCUUUAGUAAUUAUAACUUUAUAGAUCCUUCAAGGGAUUGUAUUCACUGUGGCCAUGCAGAUGGUUAAUACCUGGAUUUCACCUUUGGGAUUUCUUAGCAAUUUAAGAAUGUCUUUUCAGUACAUACAGUAGAAUUUUAUUAAUAUUAAUAAUAGUGCUUUUAUUUGGUUUUAUAUGCUAUGGAUGGACCUUACUCUGAAAGUCAGAACAAAACACGACUAAUUUAUAAGGACGAUUUUCCCUUUUUAUAUAUAGAGAGCUAAAUAUAUAAACAAACAAAAUAUUUCAUUAUACCAUUGCAGCUUGUUCGCAAGAAGAAAAAUACCCAGAUGGUUAAGUGUAGCUCAUAUAAUUAUGUUCCAAGGAUGUUAUAAAUAAUUCCAUUUAGUGGCUAAGCCAGACUCUAUUAGGUGAUUGAGUGUGUAUACACUGCAAACAGAAGGGCUUAGUGGCAAAUAUAUCCCACACAUUUUAACUUGCUAUUUUAAAAAAAAAUUAUGUCCAGAUUAAAAAAACUUCCUAGAGCACUCUGAAAUUUUAAUUUGUUUUUAUAGACAUCCAGUAAAUUGUUUGGCAUUUUGAUAAUCCUUUUCUAUGUGGGCUUCCAAUGUUCAUAUAUACAGGUGUUUAGUAUUUUUAGCUUUUUAAGUUGUGUUUGUAAUGCAACAACCCUUAAAUGGACAAAUUUUAUAAUAAUUACUUUUCUAGUGCUAUGAUAUCAAAAGAUAGAGUCAUAGAAUUACAGACAAAAAUGAGCAGGGUAAAAUUUAUAGUUUCAUCUGGGGUAAAAUUUGAAGGCAAAUUUUGCCAAAUAAAUGUACUUUAAUUAAAAACAAUCACCUCUUUACUAGGUAUGCCCCUUAAUAAACUGCACUGAACUGUCUUAUUAUAGGAUUUUGUUUAAGAUAAUUUCAUUAUCAUCUGUGAUUGAUAAAUUUCUUUGCAUAGAGAUUGCUAAAGUCAUUGUGGUGUUCCUUAAAUUUUAAUGACAUUACUUUAUAGGUAUAUGUCUAUAUUUUUCAAUUACUAUAUAUUGUUGAAUGUCUACUUUCUGUGUGUGAAUGUCCAUACAAAACUGAAUGGUUUCUGCAUGUUCCUCAUGUGUGAUCAGUAUAUAACCACUCUGUGUUACUUCAAAUGAUUCAAUAUGCAGCCUAUGAUGUGAUUUAGAGUGAGUGGAUUGAGUUACCAAAUCCAUUAAGAAUGAGUGAACAUUUUAUAUUUCACUUGUUUGAAUAUUUGCACAUAAUUAAAAACAGUACUAUUAAAUGAAAGCAUCUUUAAGAUAACAUGUUCUGAUUCAGAAAUGCAAUGAAUAUAUAUAAUGAAAUUGUCAUUUUUAAAGCAUCGAUUUAAAAUAUAUAAAAUAUAGGUGAAAAUGGACUGUGUGUGCUUUUUGUUACAAAUAUAUGUAUUUUAAAUAUUUAGAAUGCUUCAUUAAUGUGAUAACUUUUCAUAACGAUUCCCACAUCAAAACUGGUGUCCCACUGCUCCUUAUAUAGUUACAUCUGUUAAGAGUUUUAUCAUCCUUUGCUUUCUACUUUGCUUGAACUUUCUAUUCUCAUAUUACACCAUUUCAGUUUCCAGUAUGGGAUACAUUCUAACAUCAAGUAACAGCAUCUAUACCCAUUUAAACACAGACAAGUUUUGUUUCCUCAAACAACAUUUUAUGAAAUGAUACAAGUUAUUCACCACCUAGAGAAUAAUAUCUCUUUGCAUUCUCUAGCAAGUUCCAUCCAUUUAUUCAUUUAUUCAGUAAACAUGAACUAAGGGAAUGUUCUAGCCCAAGUGUUGUAACAGUGUCCAACACAAUGUGCCUUUGUAGCUCUUUUAGUCCAAAAGCAUGUAACAUUUUAGUUUCACACUAAAGAGAGUUUAAUGGUUAGCCAUGGUAGUGUGUAUUAUUGAACACUGAGCAGAACAGAUAUAGGUGAAAGGCAACACGGUGGCCUCACUAGCCUUCCAUAUGGUUUUUUAGAGAAAACUGUUCUUUGCCCAGUGUUCUGAUGCACAAAGCCUGUUGUUUUCUAGAGUUUUACACUCUGCUUACAUGGGACGAUAUUAAUGAUGUCUCUUAAUCUUUAGAGUAGCUUGCACAAUCGAUUUUAUCAUUGUAUUCCAUGUAAUAGAUGACAAAACUGAGAGUUAGGGAGAUUAAUAACACGUAACUGUAAAAGACACACAGAUAUUGCAAAAAGAAUAGCUCUGUGUGAUUACAUUCUCCAAGAUUUAAAAAGAAGGGAUGCUGGAAUUUUAUCAGUUGCCUAUUCUGCACCUAAUGUCAUGAUCAUGUGAUUUUUUUCCUUUAAUAUAUUUGUGUUGUGGAUUACAUGUAUUGAUUUACAUAUAUCGAACCAUCCUCCAUUUCUGGGAUUAAGCUAACUUAUUUAUCAUGAUAGAUAAUCAUUUUGAUUUGUUCUUGAAUUCUGUUUACAAGUAUUUUGGAGAGAAAUUGUGAAUCUAUGUUCAUCAAUGAUACAGACUGACCUAUAAUUUUCCCUUUCCUUGGAUCUUAGUCUGGUUUUUGUAUCAGGGUGAUGCUGCCUUUGUAGUAACAAUUUGGAAAUGUUCCUUCACUUUCUAUUUAACUGACUAAUAUGACAAAAAUAUUGGUGUUAGCUUAUCUUUGAAUUCUGCACUGAAUUGACCUGGUCCUGUGCUUUUCUUAGUUGGAAGUUUUUUUAAUUACUGCAUCUAUCUCAUUGAAUGUUAUGAGUCUGUUUAAGUUAUUUAUUUCAUAUUGAGAUAAAGUGGUUACGAAUAGAAAAAGAAGUAAAAAUAUCCUUGUCCACAAAUGACAUGUUUCUAUAAAUAAAUG